AUGAAAAGGAAUACAGACAGUCCGGUUGGUGAUGAGCCGUUUCAUCACCUGCAGCCUCUUCCAAAGAAGCUCUAUGUCGCGCGCGAUGAGCUCAACCUCACGGCGCUAAGUGACGAGAAAUUACGGGGAGAUUUCGGAAACAGUUCCCUUUCCAGGUUUGAAGAGGAGGAGGACUCGGGAAUCAAGUCAGAAGUAGACGAGUGCAAUGAGACUCCAUCCUCUGAGGAGGAUCUGGACCCCUUGGAGUACACUAAGGACUUGGCUUUUAAACAAUCUGUUCCGAAGAAAAGCAUCACUCAGAUAAUCAAGGACAAGAAAAAACAGACUCAGCUGACCCUGCAGUGGCUUGAAGAAAACUACAUUGUUUGUGAAGGGGUUUGCUUGCCACGGUGUAUCCUGUAUGCUCAUUAUUUAGAUUUCUGUAGGAAGGAAAAAUUAGAUCCUGCCUGUGCUGCAACUUUUGGGAAGACUAUUCGCCAGAAAUUUCCUCUUCUAACAACCAGGAGGCUUGGCACCAGAGGUCACUCAAAAUAUCAUUACUAUGGGAUUGGUAUUAAAGAAAGCAGUGCUUAUUACCACUCUGUGUACUCUGGAAAAGGCCUGACAAGAUUUUCUGGCAGCAAACUUAAAAAUGAGGGAGGCUUUACUCGAAAGUAUUCCCUGAGUUCUAAAACUGGGACACUUCUACCUGAAUUUCCAAGUCCACAACAUCUUGUGCUCCAAGGUUCAGUUUCUAGAGAGAAGGUGGACACAUUAAUUAUGAUGUAUAAAACUCAUUGUCAGUGCAUCCUGGAUAAUGCCAUCAACAGCAACUUUGAAGAGAUCCAGAAUUUCCUGUUGCAUUUCUGGCAAGGGAUGCCUGACCACCUCCUACCUCUGCUGGAAAAUCCUGUCAUUGUGGACAUCUUCUGUGUGUGUGAUUCCAUAUUGUAUAAGGUCCUAACAGAUGUUCUAAUUCCUGCCACAAUGCAAGAGAUGCCUGAGAGUCUUUUGGCAGAUAUUAGAAAUUUUGCCAAGCACUGGGAGCACUGGAUGGUGUCCUCUCUGGAGAAUCUCCCAGAAUCCCUCUCAGAGAAGAAGCUGCCAAUCGCACGCCGCUUUGUUUCCUCCUUAAAGCGACAGACCUCUUUUCUACACCUUGCCCAGAUUGCCAGACCAGCUCUGUUUGAUCAGAGUGUGGUCAACUCCAUGGUGUCUGACAUUGAAAAAGUGGAUCUGAACAGCAUUGGGUCGCAAGCCCUUCUCACUAUCUCCAGCAGUGGAGAGCAAGACUCAGACAUCUACUCUGAAUAUGACUCUAUUGCAGUGUUUCAAGAGUUAAAAGACCUCCUGAAGAAAAAUGCUACAGUGGAAUCCUUCAUUGAGUGGCUCGACACUGUGGUGGAGCAGAAAGUCAUCAAGCCCAGCAAGCAGAAUGGACGGUCUAUGAAGAAGCGGGCGCAGGACUUCCUUCUGAAGUGGAGUUUUUUCGGGGCGCGAGUCAUGCACACCCUCACUUUGAACAAUGCGACCAGUUUUGGUUCAUUCCACCUGAUCCGAAUGCUACUGGACGAGUAUAUCCUCCUGGCCAUUGAAACGCAGUUCAACAAUGACAAAGAACAAGACCUCCAGAACCUCUUAGAUAAAUAUAUGAGAAAUGCAGAUGCAAGCAAAGCAGCAUUCACUGCCUCCCCCAGUUCCUGCUUCCUUGCCAACCGCAAUAAACCCAGUGCCGUGUCCACCGAUUCGUCCGUAAAGAACGAGUCAUUCUCAGAACACGCCUACCUGUCUCUCACAACCAAUCAGCAUGGGCUGGGCACAAACAUGACCGUCUACCAGGGGGUGGAGUCUGACGGCCUUUCGCUGCCAGGUCAAAUGGACUUUUCCCAGAACAGUGCUAAUCUUAUGACUCCACCCGUCUCACCGGCAAUGGUGAACAGGGGCAGUGUUAUCAACCAGGGCCCGAUGGCCAUCCGGUCUCAAACUGGCUGCACCCCUGUCCAGCCCCACGUUGCUUGCCAGGCUUUCCCCGACACCAUGUACCAGAACCUGCCGCACGCCAGCCCCAGCUACUACCCCACCACCUCCAGCUACCAGGGCCUGUUCCGGCCUCAGACCCAGGGCCAGGCCUCGGCCUACCAGUCCCGCGCUGACAGCAGCCGUUACCCGUCCUUCAGCGAGCAGCAGCUGCCCAAGGACUACUUCAACAGCAGCUGCGCCGUGUCGCCCUAUGGCUCGCGCCCCAUGUCUGACUUCGGCUCCGCCCUGGAGCCUGGGGGGGAGACCCAGGGCGUGCAGCUCCUGGACCCGGCAGGCUACGGAUUCAUGGGGAGCGGGCUGGGCGGGGGAGGGGCGUGCCAGGGGACGGCGUACCCAGCAGCGGCCCACAGCGGCUACUAUGGAAACAGCGGUUACCAUGACGGUCAGAGGCUGGGUUCUAUGGUUGACCAGCACGUGUCGGUGAUCAGCAGCGUCAGCACGAUCCGCUCGGUGUCGGGUUACAGCGACGUGCACGACCCCCUCAACCUCCUGGACGACACAGGCAGGAAACCUGCUGGCCCUUACUACAGUGACUCCCCUGCAAUGGUGACCCGCACUCCCGGAGGUUCCUCUUCCGCCCCCACCAUCCCCUCCUCUGCCUCCACCCCCUGCAUGUACGGAGCCGCUACCCAGUUCCAUUCCCAGGAUGCAUUGCUCACUCACCGGACCCCAUCUGAGGACAUGGUUUCCUCUUUGCCCCCCAUCAACACUGUUUUUAUGGGGUCCUCCACAGGUGGGGGGCCCUGA